AUGAGAACUCAUACUGGUGAAAAACCCUACAAGUGUGACCAGUGUGACUAUUCUGCUGCUCAGAAAUCUACCUUGGACCAACAUCUAACAAAACACACUGAUGAGAAACCCUACAUGUGUGGGGAGUGUGGGUACAGGACGGCUUGGAAACCUCACUUAUGCCGGCAUAUGAAGACUCAUACAGGAGAAAAGCCGUACAAAUGCGACCAGUGUGGCUAUUCUACUACUCAAAAGUGCAAUUUAGACAGCCAUAUAGCCAAACACACCGGCGAGAAACCUUACAUGUGUGGGAAGUGCGGGCACAGGACAGCAGACAAGGGUAAUUUGUACAGACAUAUGAGCACUCAUACAGGCAAAAAACCCUACAAGUGUGACCAGUGUGACUAUUCUGCUGCACGGAAAUACACCUUGGACAACCAUCUAGCAACACACACCGGUGAGAAACCCUAUAUGUGUGGAGAAUGUGGGCACAGGACAGCUAACAGAGCUAACCUAUACCAACAUAUGAGAACCCACACAGGUGAAAACCCCUACAAGUGUAACCAGUGUGACUAUUCUGCAACAAAGAAAUGCCAUUUGGACGAACAUCUAGCCAUACACACCGGUGAGAAACCCUACAUGUGUGGGGAGUGUGGGUACAGGACAGCAAGGAAGUCUGCCCUAUCCAAACAUAUGAGAACUCAUACUGGUGAGAAACCCUACAAAUGUGACCAGUGUGACUAUUCUGCUCAGUAAAAUCCACCUUGAAAGACCAUCUAGCAACACACACACCGGAGAGAAGGCCUUCAUGUGUGGUGAGUGUGGGCACAGGACAGCUCGAAAGUCUGACUUAUCCAAACAUAUGAGAACGCAUACAGGAGAAAACACACUAUAAUUGUGAGCGGUGUGACUAUUCUGCAGCUCGGAAAUCAGAUGUUGUGAGCAUCUAGCUAAACACGCUGAUAAGAAACUAUGUGGAUGGAGUGGAGGUAAAGGACAACAGAAGUUAUGGUAUAGAUAUACAUUGAACAAAACAGAUAGAUUUAAGAACACGGCUUGUGUCUCACGCCAUUAUCAGUAACCGUGUCACAGUUAAGCUUGUGUCUCACGCCAUUAUCAGUAACUGUGUCACAGUUAAGAACACGGCUUGUGUCUCACGCCAUUAUCAGUAACCGUGUCACAGUUAUAAGAACACGGCUUGUGUCUCACGCCAUUAUCAGUUACCGUGUCACAGUUAAGCUUGUGUCUCAUGCCAUUAUCAGUAACCAUGUCACAGUUAAGAACACGGCUUGUGUCUCACGCCAUUAUCAGUAACCGUGUCACAGUUAAGAACACGGCUUCUGUCUCACGCCAUUAUCAGUAACCGUGUCACAGUUAAGAACACGGCUUGUGUCUCACGCCAUUAUCAGUAACCGUGUCACACUU